CUCGCUUCCGCUUUUUCCGCGGAUCAGAAGCCUGGGGCCCGCGUCCGAGUGUCAGGUUGGAGCCAGGAGGCGUCCCUGGGGGUAGCGGCGGCGGGGGCAGGAUGAGCGCGGAGGCGGCGGACCGGGAGGCGGCCACCUCCAGCCGUCCCUGCACCCCGCCGCAGACCUGCUGGUUCGAGUUCCUGCUGGAGGAGUCGCUGUUGGAGAAACAUCUGCGCAAGCCCUGCCCAGAUCCUGCACCGGUUCAACUUAUAGUUCAGUUUUUGGAACAAGCUUCCAAACCUUCAGUUAAUGAACAAAACCAAGUUCAACCUCCACCUGAUAACAAGAGAAAUCGUAUUUUAAAACUGCUUGCUCUUAAAGUUGCUGCACAUUUGAAGUGGGACUUAGACAUAUUAGAGAAAAGUUUGUCUGUUCCAGUAUUGAAUAUGCUACUAAAUGAACUGCUGUGCAUCAGUCAAGUUCCUCCUGGGACAAAGCAUGUAGACAUGGAUCUGGCCACUCUGCCUCCCACCACUGCCAUGGCUAUACUUCUCUACAAUAGAUGGGCAAUUAGGACUAUUGUUCAAAGUAGUUUUCCUGUCAAACAGGCAAAACCUGGACCUCCUCAGUUAAGUGUUAUGAAUCAGAUGCAACAGGAGAAAGAGCUAACAGAAAAUAUUUUGAAAGUGCUAAAAGAACAAGCUUCUGAUUCUAUUUUGGUACUAGAAGCAGCCCUUAAAUUAAACAAGGAUCUUUAUGUCCACACGAUGAGAACGCUCGAUUUGUUGGCCAUGGAGCCAGGCAUGGUAAAUGGAGAAACUGAGAGUUCUACUGCUGGAUUGAAAAUCAAAACUGAGGAGAUGCAGUGCCAGGUGUGUUAUGAUUUGGGUGCAGCAUACUUCCAGCAAGGCUCUACAAAUUCGGCUGUCUAUGAAAAUGCCAGAGAAAAAUUUUUUAGAACCAAAGAACUAAUUGCAGAGAUAGGUUCAUUAUCUCUUCAUUGUACCAUAGAUGAGAAGCGGCUAGCUGGCUAUUGUCAAGCAUGUGAUGUUCUUGUACCUUCCUCUGAUAGUACAUCUCAACAAUUGACUCCAUAUAGUCAAGUCCAUAUUUGUUUGAGAUCUGGCAACUAUCAGGAGGUAAUAAAGAUUUUCGUUGAAGAUAACUUAGCCUUCAGUUUGCCUGUCCAGUUCCGACAGUCAGUACUGAGAGAGCUCUGUCAGAAAGCUCAACAGGGAAAUGAAGCUCUAGAUGAAAUCUGUUUUAAAGUCUGUGCCUGUAACACAGUCCGUGAUAUAUUGGAAGGUAGAACAAUUGGUGUUCAGUUUAACCAACUAUUUCUUAGACCUAAUAAGGAGAAAAUAGACUUUCUUCUUGAGGUAUGUUCAAGAUCAAUCAAUUUAGAAAAAGCUUCAGAUUCUUUGAAAGGAAACAUGGCUGCUUUUCUAAAGAAUGUGUGCCUGGGGUUGGAAGAUCUGCAGUAUGUUUUCAUGAUUUCUUCACAUGAGCUUUUCAUUACAUUGUUGAAAGAUGAAGAACGAAAGCUACUUGUUGAUCAGAUGAGGAAGAGAUCCCCUAGAGUAAAUCUGUGCAUUAAACCUGUGACUUCAUUUUAUGAUAUCCCAGCCUCAGCAAGUGUCAACAUUGGCCAGUUGGAGCAUCAAUUGAUACUGUCAGUGGAUCCCUGGAGGAUUCGACAGAUUUUGAUUGAAUUACAUGGUAUGACUUCAGAGCGCCAGUUCUGGACAGUGUCUAAUAAGUGGGAAGUACCUUCUGUCUAUAGUGGUGUUAUCCUGGGAAUUAAAGACAAUUUAACAAGAGAUUUGGUUUACAUUCUCAUGGCCAAAGGUUUACAUUGCAGUACUGUUAAGGACUUUCCUCAUGCUAAACAGCUGUUUGCUGCGUGUUUGGAAUUGGUAACCGAGUUCUCACCAAAACUUCGUCAGGUCAUGCUGAAUGAGAUGCUGCUUUUGGAUAUUCAUACACAUGAAGCUGGAACAGGGCAGUCAGGAGAGAGACCUCCUUCUGAUCUUAUUAGUAGGGUGCGGGGAUAUCUGGAAAUGAGGCUUCCCGAUAUUCCUCUUCGUCAAGUUAUUGCUGAGGAGUGUGUUGCUUUUAUGUUAAACUGGAGAGAAAAUGAAUACCUUACACUGCAAGUUCCUGCAUUUCUGCUUCAGAGUAAUCCCUAUGUAAAGCUUGGACAGCUUUUAGCCGCUACAUGCAAAGAACUUCCAGGCCCUAAAGAAAGUAGACGGACGGCUAAAGACCUCUGGGAAGUUGUUGUUCAGAUCUGUAGUGUGUCCAGUCAGCACAAACGAGGAAAUGAUGGCAGAGUUAGUUUAAUCAAGCAGAGGGAAUCUACAUUAGGUAUAAUGUAUCGGAGUGAACUGCUUUCUUUCAUCAAAAAAUUACGGGAACCAUUGGUUUUGACUAUUAUUUUAUCACUCUUUGUGAAACUUCACAAUGUUCGGGAAGACAUUGUGAAUGAUAUUACAGCUGAACACAUUUCUAUUUGGCCAUCCUCCAUCCCCAACCUCCAGUCAGUGGACUUUGAAGCUGUGGCGAUCACAGUGAAAGAGCUGGUUCGGUAUGCCCUCGGUAUAAAUCCAAACAACCAUUCCUGGCUAGUUAUCCAGGCAGAUAUUUAUUUUGCGACAAAUCAGUAUUCCGCAGCUCUUCACUAUUACCUCCAGGCGGGAGCUGUCUGUUCUGAUUUCUUUAAUAAGACUGUGCCCCCUGAUGUUUAUACAGACCAGGUAAUAAAACGAAUGAUAAAGUGCUGUUCUUUGCUGAAUUGCCACACACAGGUGGCAAUUUUAUGUCAGUUCCUCAGAGAAAUUGACUACAAAACAGCUUUUAAAUCACUGCAAGAACAAAACAGUCAUGAUGCUAUGGACUCCUACUAUGACUACAUAUGGGAUGUGACCAUUCUGGAAUACUUGACUUAUCUUCAUCAUAAAAGAGGAGAAACAGAUAAAAGACAAAUUGCGAUCAAAGCUAUUGGCCAGACCGAAUUGAACGCAAGCAACCCAGAAGAAGUGUUACAGCUGGCAGCACAGAGAAGGAAAAAAAAGUUUCUCCAAGCAAUGGCAAAACUUUACUUUUAAGCAGUUAGUUGUUUAACUUUUAAACAAUGGGCUAAAAAUAAACAGGAUUAAGUUUAUAUAAUACA